CCCUUCUAGACUCCACUGAAAAGGGAAAACAUUAUGAAGAAUUAAGUGCAACACAAAAGCGAUGAAGAUUUACCUACUCUUCUUUAGCCUUACCUUGACCAUCCUCUUUGCAGGGAUUCAUUCUGCAACACUCAUUAUCGAGAACAAUUGUCUGAGCACAAUCUGGCCAGCAAUAACCAAUAGUGGUGCAACACAGUUAUCAAACACUGGCUUCGAGUUAGCUUCUCACAAAUCCUACUCCCUUGACGUUCCGGCUUCAUGGGUGGGCAGGAUCUGGGCUAGAACACAAUACUCAUCAGACUCUUCUGGAACAUUCACUUGUGCCACGGCUGACUGCGGCUCUAAACAGAUCGCCUGUAAUGGCGCAGGAGGGGACCCACCCUCAUCCCUUGCAGAAUUCAGUCUACAAGGAGCGGCUCUGGUGCUAAUUAACUGCGUCUCCACCAGCUGUGCAGCUAACGUGAAUGCAAUAUGUCCAUCUGAGCUGGCCCUUACAGAGCCUGAUGGGGGGAACAUCAUCGGUUGCAAGAGCGCUUGUAUAGUCUUCAAUAAGCCGCAGUACUGUUGCACCGGUGAAUAUGGCACGCCAGAGACUUGCAAUAAGGCCUCACAAUAUUAUAUGAUUUUCAAGAACCAGUGUCCUCAGGCUUAUAGCUACGCUUUUGAUGAUUCCACAACCACCUAUUCGUGCUCUGGCGGACCUAAUUACACAAUUACCUUCUGCCCGUUCCUAAGGCCGGCGAAUUUCCUUCGUUGCACCAUAUCCUUUUCAGAAGGUUAAAAUCCCAAAAUUGGUCCCUCAACUUUUAAUUUUAUACCUUUUCAAUCUUUAAACUUUCAAAAGUACUGAAAUAGUCCUUAAACUUUAAUUUUCAAUACUAUUCCGGUCUUCCGUUAAUAAAAUCUAACGGAGCAC